UAAUACCACCAACUAUACCUGUUAAAGAUAAUAUGAGUGACUCUGUAGUUGACCCAUCAGAUGAUCCACAGUUAACCCUUUGGGUGACCUAUAAUAAACCUUUUACUAAUAGUAGUCUGCUGGUUAAAAAACCUGGUAUUCUUAUUUCUAAAGGACAUGUAGACCCUUAUAGUAAAAUCAAAUCUAAAACUUUACAAGUUAACAAUGAAACAAAAGGUGUAGCUAAAAAAAAAGUAAAUCAUUUAGAAAAACAGAGACCUAUAAGAAAGAUAUGA